AUUAUUUCGUGAACAACCCUAGCCCAAAAAUCACAUCUGGAACCAAAUUUGCAAAUUUUACCCAGAGUGGUAUAGACAAACAAUUACCAAGGAAGCCAUGUUAUCUGAUUGCGAGCGAAUACCUGGUGAAACCGAUAAACAAUAACAUGUAAUUGAGGCGCAAAAUCCCCUCUUUGUUUUGAAGAAACACCACCCUAUUAGUAAUUUGGUCCAAAUACCAGGUCUGCAUACCAAUUUGGAACCCCUGCAAUUUGUGUGGUACAGGAUCAGGUUGUUAUUUCACAUUUUCACUCUGUUGUUUCAACUUAAAAGAUUUCUCCUCGCCGCGAAACUUUUAAAAACAAAGUCCUUUUUGUCGUUUUGUUCUUACCUCGGUUGCCUUAUUGUGGGACGACCUAAUAAUCUUAAUUAAAUGAGCACUUGAUCUUCGAAAAUUGUUCUUUUUUUUCCUGAAGAUCUCGAUUUGCUCUCAUUUUCCUUAUUCAUUAUCAGAAUGAAAAUAAAAAAUCGUAAAACUUAUUUGGAUUAACACAAAAUUUGAAAUUUCACUUAUUUGGAUUAAUUGUGUGAAUCUGAUAAUAACUGUGUCAAACUUGUUUCGAAACUCGUAAGUUUUGUAGCACCUGUGCUUUAAAUUUACAGCUUUAACAAAUUGCUGAUUAGGUCAAAAGAACUAAAAACAAUCUACGGUCAUAACUGUCCCUUUCAGAUUAUCAAUCAGUUGUUAUAAGUGUAAACUUCUGAUUAAAAUCUCAAACAUAAAUUUACUUUUUAAUCAAUUUUCUACAAAACUUGUAAAUUCAUCGAUUACUGUUCGAACCAAAUUGCAACUGUUUAAUUUUUUGUUUAAUUAGUUUUCGAACCUUUUAAACUACAAGUAAGGCCAACAAAGCUUGACGUCGAUUUGUUAUCAAAGCUUUCAUCAAUUAUUGUUCGAUUUCCGCAGGUACGAAAUCAAUCAAGCGCUCACUUUUCAAAAGAAUUUUUGAAGUAUUGGUUUUCAGUAGUAAGCCAACUUACACAUUUACUUAACAAAUGUAAAGCAACCAUUCAAAUAGCUGGACACUUUACUUAUUUUCUGACUAAAGUAUCGUCAUUACGACCAGUCGAAUUUUUGUUAUUCCGUCGGCUCUGAAUAAAGUUUUAAGCUCUUUGCCAAAAUCUGACUAAUUCUCAAACCAUCGCCCAUCAAUCAACGAGGCUUGAGUACUUCUGCUAUUUAAAAAAUUUGCUUGUACCUGUCAAUUAUUUCUAGCACAGCUCUUCAUGUAGAGAAUCUCUUUUUACAACAACGUUAAUAAUUACAAAAAUUCACAUCAAAACAUCACUGAACCACCACUUAACGUCGGGAGCUCUCAAUACAAAAUUGAAAAAAGCUCUCGAAAGUUCAAAUUUCCGGCUUUUGAAAAUACUUCAAGUUUAAUUUCAAAUGGUUUGAGCGAUUUGAGUUUAUUAUGAGAAGCAACUUCUCGAAAUUUACGAUCUUUUCGAUCAGUUUUCUCGCUGUUUCGAUACUCGAAUCGGUGUUACAAGUGGAGUCAUGCAACGAAAGCUUCUCGCUAGCCGAGAGACGAGACCGAGCUGAUGUCAUCAUCAACGGAAUCGCGACUUCAAUUUCUGGUGAUUCGGCUCGGGUUCAGAUUAUCCAAAUCCUUCAAGAUCCGUUUUCCUUUUUGACAACUUCCGACACCCAAAUCCAAAUCUUCGGACUUACUGAACCAGAAAUUUGCGACAACUCACUGACUGUAAAUUUGGUCCAGAUUAUUCCGCUUUCACUAAAAGAAGACAACACAUUUUACCUCAACUCGAGUGUUGUCGAAGUAUCUAUUGAUUCUCUCAAGAUAAUAAGAGAAAGUUCGGCUGUUAAAGAAAAUCCAUGCAAAACGAAAUCUUGCGACUCGGGAAAAAUCUGUCGAGUUUCGAGUUCCAAAAAAGCAGAAUGUAUUUGCGAACCAUGUGCCGAGAACGAGUCUGAAUACGAGCCUGUGUGUGCGACAAAUAAUGUCGUGUACUCGAAUAAAUGUCAGGUAAGAAAAGCUGCUUGCGAGCUUCAAACUGAGAUUUCAGUUCUGAAAGAGGGUUUUUGCGACGAUCCUUGCACUCUUGUAAAAUGUGGAUUUGGCGCCAGAUGUGUUCCAUCCGUCGACAGAAAAACCGCUAAUUGUGAGUGCUCGGAUAUUUGUCCGAGUGUUUAUGAACCUGUUUGUACGAGUGACGGUGGCGAGUUUUCAAACAACUGCGAGCUGCAGAGUCAUAUUUGUCGCAACCAAGUGUCGGUCUCGGUUCUCCAUAAUUCCGAGUGCAAUCCUUGUAAGUCGGUGAGCUGCCCUGAAAACACGAAGUGCAAAGUAGGUCCUAAGGACCGUACUGCAGUUUGCUCGUGUGGCGAAAACUGUCUAGCCGAAGUGAAAACUGUUUGUGGUUCGGACGGACACGACUAUCCGAACGAAUGCGAAUUGCAGCGGCAUGCUUGCUUGUUGAACCGAAAAAUUGAAAUAGUCGCGCACCAUUCGUGCCGAGAGCUUGCAAAAAAUCCUUGCUCUUCUACGACUUGCAAUCAUUAUGCCGAAUGCAUGUUGUCGGUCGAAAACCCCUCGGCAGCGGCCGAGUGCACCUGUCCGUUCGUUUGUGACCCGAUUUAUGAACCUGUUUGCGGCAGAAAUGAAAAAGACGGAUCACUGCAACAGUUCGAUUCCGAAUGCAUGUUGAAACUCACUUCGUGUACGCAGCAACGAAGCAUUUCUCUCGUAUCGCGAUCUGUAUGUAGUAAAAUACCGAAGGAAAUCGAGACGAUUUCGUCUUGCGUCGACAUUGACUGUGAAAUUGGAACCGAAUGCGAAAUUGGCCAAUCAAAUGAAGCAAAAUGCGUAUGCGCUGAGUCGUGUUCCGAUUUCGGUUAUAAUCCGGUAUGCGGGUCAGAUGAACGUACGUACGCGAACGAAUGUGAGUUCAAACGGAGCAUUUGUCUGAACAAACUACAAAACCUCUUAUACAAAAUCCGAGAUGGCGAGUGUCCGAACGCAUGCAAUGGCGUGACUUGCGACAAUUAUGCCGAAUGCCGAACUAACCUUGUCUCUGGAAAACCCGAGUGCGUUUGCCCGAAUCGUCGCUGCUCGGUCGAAAGUGCCGAACGAGUUUGCGGGAGCGACGGCAAGUCGUACCGGAAUCUGUGUGAAAUGAGAGACGUCUCUUGUAGAAUAAAUCAAACAAUUACCCCAGCUUUUUAUGGCCGUUGUGACCAGAAAGAUUUGUGUUCAAACAUUCUUUGUCCUAAGUAUUCAAUUUGUCAAAAAGGAACUUGCGUUUGUGAAAAUUGCGAAAACGUUGAAAAAGAACUUAUUUGCGGAAGCGACCGUCGAAACUACAAAAACGAAUGCGAAAUGAGAAAACAGUCGUGUGAGCAAAUGAAAAACAUUAUCAGAAGACACUAUGGAACUUGUAUGAGUAAUGAUGGCACUGCGUUUGAGAUGAAUGUAAGCACGAGUCAAAAACAGCAAUGGAAAUGUUCCGAAAAGUGUCUCCAUGGCUCUUGUCAUUUCGUGGAUAAAGUUUGGCAAUGUGUGUGUCCCAAAUGCGGAGACGAGCCGGAAAUAAACACAAUUUGCGGUGAAGACAACAAAACCUACAGGAGCAAAUGUCACUUGAAACAGUCGAUGUGUAUGCAGCAACGUGAAAUCGAAAUUAUGCACCACGGAUCCUGUGAUUCCGUCCGGGACUGUCCGAUUAAUUCGGAAAUCAUCCGACUCCCAAGAGGGGGUGGAUUUCUGGAGUGCGACAGCGACAGCGCCUGUCCCGUCUCCUCGUUCUGUUCUAUGGCGAAAUGUUGCUUUCAUCAAAAUACUGCUAUCAAUUGUAGCACGACAAUGUGGGGGUGUUGUGCCGACCGAGUUACCUUCGCUCUGGACGACUACCAGCAAGGGUGUCCGGAAAAAUGUAACUGUAACGAACUGGGCUCGUACGGAGGCAGAUGUGACUUGUUCAAUCAAUGUGUGUGCCGCAAAGGAGUGACAGGCAAGAGAUGUGAUCGUUGUUCUCAUGGGUUCUGGAACUUCAUUCGAAUGCAAGACCACCCGUUCCUCGGUUGCCAGGAGUGCAACUGCAAUGUCAACGGAUCCCAAAGAGCUGACUGCGACCAGACAACUGGUGACUGCUCUUGCAAACCCGGCGUCUUCGGUAAAAAAUGCGACCUUUGUCCUGCCGGACUAAAACUCUCACCUUCGGGUUGCGUUUCGCAGUCCAACCUCGACGUACUGCAAUUUUUCAAGUCGUGUGACGGCGUCGUGUGUGAUCAUGGGGCGACUUGUGUCAAGCGAGGCGAGUUCGCGACUUGCGAGUGUCCGACCGACUGUCCAAAAGAAUCCGAAUGGGGUCCAGUUGUAUGUGGAUCCGACGGGCAAACUUAUUCACACGAGUGUGAAAUGGCAAUAAAAGGCUGCGCGAAAGGAAAGACUCUAACUGUGAGCUCGUACGGCUCGUGCACAGUUGACACUAUAAUAUUCGAGCAUCCCGAGACGUCGCGGAUAGUCGAAGUGCCCCUCAAUGACGAGACUGGAAGUCAAAGUUUUGACAAAUGUCAGAGUUUAAGCUGCAAGCACGGAGGACAAUGCAUCGAUACACCUGGAAAAGGGCAUGAGUGUCUUUGCUCUGUUGGGACGGGGGGCAAAAGGUGUGAACAACAAAGACCAGUUGAAAUACCUCAAUUCUCAUCACGUUCUUACUUGAGAUUCCCUACUUUACAAAUUGACACAAAGAACACAUCACUUUCUGUUAAUAUAAAGCCGUCAAGUGAACAUGGGUUGAUCAUGUAUAUUGGUCUGAUGGAUGCUUUCAAAAAAGACGCACAAGAAAACUACCUGGCAGUUUAUCUCGAAGAAGGAGUUUUGAAGGCGAAAAUAACUCUAAACGGAGUUGUGAAAGCGACUGAAGUAAGCAUGCCUGUUUUAGCAGACCAGUGGCAUUCGGUCGAAAUAAAACUUCGUGCCAAUGUCAUGACCUUAAAAAUUACACCCAAUGAAAUCGGAGACUUCUUGAAAAACUUCGAAACGAGCAGCAAAAUUGCAGUUCCGAACGGGAAAUUCAGCUCAGAUUUAUACAUAGGAGGUUUGCCUCUUGAAAAAAGUCGAUCUAUUCUAAAAAUGGUUGGAGUUUCAGAUGGUUUUUCGGGCUGCAUGACUGGUUUGAGUGUCAACGGUAUUGCAAUUCUUAUGAGUUACCCAGAAAGCAGAAGUCUGAUUGAUGGAUUUGGAAUCGACUCCUGCACUUUCAACCCGUGCGACAGAAGGCCUUGCCAAAAUGAAGGAACUUGCAUAGUUGAAGACUCGUUUAAAUAUUGGUGCGUUUGCAAGUUUGGAUUUGACGGGAACAAAUGUGAAAUCGAAGAUGAUCCGUGCAAAGUUAACCCCUGUCAGAACGGAGGCACGUGUCAGAAAAUUCAACCAGGAUUCAAAUGUUUUUGUCCGCUGGGAACCAAAGGCGAAACAUGCGAAAAAAUCGUAAAGUCGAAACAAAACGAAAUUUUCAUGCCGUCUCUAAACAUGGAUUCAUACCUGCGAACUUCUAAAGUUCAAAUGUCUGACUAUUUGGACAUUGAAAUUUGGUUCUUCACCAGGAAGUUGAAAGGAUUGCUUCUUUACGUCGAGGAAAAUUCCGAUUACGUCAUAGUUGAAAUUGAUAAUCAUUAUCUCACUUUUCGCUGUAGAAUCGGACUUGAUUCGGUAACUAUUGUAGCUAAGGAAAGACUUCACAGUCAUAGCUGGUAUAAAGUGUCAAUUACUGGAAAAAGCGACACUUUUAGAAUGAAACUUGGAAAAACAGAACAAAGAGUGUCUCUUUUGUCGAAAAUGGAAAAAUUUGAGUUUGCCCAGCCUAUAUUCGUGGGUGGUUUGCCCGUAUUCAAAACAAAUGACUUCGUUUCUUCGAAAAGCGGAUUUCGAGGAAUUAUCCAGUUCCUGGAAAUCAACGGCCAGAAACUAAUCGGCAAUUUUACCUCUCAAGAGCUGUCAGAUAAUUUUGACCAGUAUUUCAACGUCAUUGGUUGGCGAAAUCAUCAGUGCUACGAAUCUACAAAAUGCGAAAUUUUCGAAACUUGUCUUCCCGAUUUGGAGUCGCACCUUUGCAAAUGUUCGGAUAAAAAAUGUGGCAAAAAAGAAAUUGACGUCGAAAAUACGAACAAAGCCGAUCAAAUGGACCAAACUGAUUUUUCGACAGUUUCUUUUGACGGAAGUCAAAGUUACGUAAUUUAUAACCAAGUGGUCGAAAGGAUUACGUCACAGAGUGGUGAAAGCUACCGUUUCUCUUUCAAAACACAAAGCGCGAACGGUGUGAUUUUUUGGGCUAAUGAGAACAGUCUCAUUGACUAUUUUGUGGUCGGUAUUUGGAACGGAUACCUCUAUGCAGCAAUAGAUCUUGAAGCUGGUAAGACUGAGGUAUUUUCAAUCAGUCUGUUCAACGAUGAUAGAUGGCAUUUUGCGUCUAUCGACCGAAAUGAUAACGAACUGAGACUGAAAGUCGGUAGCGAUCCUUUGAUCAUUGCCCGGCUUAACUCGGGCGCUACUCGGUUCGACACGAAUGGGCUGCUAUGGAUCGGCGGGUUACCCGACUCGGAUUCGGCGAGUACUUUGACUCCCGGUUCAAGCAAUGGGGGAUUCCAGGGAUGUUUGAGUUCCAUGGUGGUCAAUGGCUUCAAAGUUGACCUUUACAUGCACUCGCUGACUAAUAACAAAAUCGACCCUUGCACAGUGAUCGUCGGCUCGUGCACAGUUGACACUAUAAUAUUCGAGCAUCCCGAGACGUCGCGGAUAGUCGAAGUGCCCCUCAAUGACGAGACUGGAAGUCAAAGUUUUGACAAAUGUCAGAGUUUAAGCUGCAAGCACGGAGGACAAUGCAUCGAUACACCUGGAAAAGGGCAUGAGUGUCUUUGCUCUGUUGGGACGGGGGGCAAAAGGUGUGAACAACAAAGACCAGUUGAAAUACCUCAAUUCUCAUCACGUUCUUACUUGAGAUUCCCUACUUUACAAAUUGACACAAAGAACACAUCACUUUCUGUUAAUAUAAAGCCGUCAAGUGAACAUGGGUUGAUCAUGUAUAUUGGUCUGAUGGAUGCUUUCAAAAAAGACGCACAAGAAAACUACCUGGCAGUUUAUCUCGAAGAAGGAGUUUUGAAGGCGAAAAUAACUCUAAACGGAGUUGUGAAAGCGACUGAAGUAAGCAUGCCUGUUUUAGCAGACCAGUGGCAUUCGGUCGAAAUAAAACUUCGUGCCAAUGUCAUGACCUUAAAAAUUACACCCAAUGAAAUCGGAGACUUCUUGAAAAACUUCGAAACGAGCAGCAAAAUUGCAGUUCCGAACGGGAAAUUCAGCUCAGAUUUAUACAUAGGAGGUUUGCCUCUUGAAAAAAGUCGAUCUAUUCUAAAAAUGGUUGGAGUUUCAGAUGGUUUUUCGGGCUGCAUGACUGGUUUGAGUGUCAACGGUAUUGCAAUUCUUAUGAGUUACCCAGAAAGCAGAAGUCUGAUUGAUGGAUUUGGAAUCGACUCCUGCACUUUCAACCCGUGCGACAGAAGGCCUUGCCAAAAUGAAGGAACUUGCAUAGUUGAAGACUCGUUUAAAUAUUGGUGCGUUUGCAAGUUUGGAUUUGACGGGAACAAAUGUGAAAUCGAAGAUGAUCCGUGCAAAGUUAACCCCUGUCAGAACGGAGGCACGUGUCAGAAAAUUCAACCAGGAUUCAAAUGUUUUUGUCCGCUGGGAACCAAAGGCGAAACAUGCGAAAAAAUCGUAAAGUCGAAACAAAACGAAAUUUUCAUGCCGUCUCUAAACAUGGAUUCAUACCUGCGAACUUCUAAAGUUCAAAUGUCUGACUAUUUGGACAUUGAAAUUUGGUUCUUCACCAGGAAGUUGAAAGGAUUGCUUCUUUACGUCGAGGAAAAUUCCGAUUACGUCAUAGUUGAAAUUGAUAAUCAUUAUCUCACUUUUCGCUGUAGAAUCGGACUUGAUUCGGUAACUAUUGUAGCUAAGGAAAGACUUCACAGUCAUAGCUGGUAUAAAGUGUCAAUUACUGGAAAAAGCGACACUUUUAGAAUGAAACUUGGAAAAACAGAACAAAGAGUGUCUCUUUUGUCGAAAAUGGAAAAAUUUGAGUUUGCCCAGCCUAUAUUCGUGGGUGGUUUGCCCGUAUUCAAAACAAAUGACUUCGUUUCUUCGAAAAGCGGAUUUCGAGGAAUUAUCCAGUUCCUGGAAAUCAACGGCCAGAAACUAAUCGGCAAUUUUACCUCUCAAGAGCUGUCAGAUAAUUUUGACCAGUAUUUCAACGUCAUUGGUUGGCGAAAUCAUCAGUGCUACGAAUCUACAAAAUGCGAAAUUUUCGAAACUUGUCUUCCCGAUUUGGAGUCGCACCUUUGCAAAUGUUCGGAUAAAAAAUGUGGCAAAAAAGAAAUUGACGUCGAAAAUACGAACAAAGCCGAUCAAAUGGACCAAACUGAUUUUUCGACAGUUUCUUUUGACGGAAGUCAAAGUUACGUAAUUUAUAACCAAGUGGUCGAAAGGAUUACGUCACAGAGUGGUGAAAGCUACCGUUUCUCUUUCAAAACACAAAGCGCGAACGGUGUGAUUUUUUGGGCUAAUGAGAACAGUCUCAUUGACUAUUUUGUGGUCGGUAUUUGGAACGGAUACCUCUAUGCAGCAAUAGAUCUUGAAGCUGGUAAGACUGAGGUAUUUUCAAUCAGUCUGUUCAACGAUGAUAGAUGGCAUUUUGCGUCUAUCGACCGAAAUGAUAACGAACUGAGACUGAAAGUCGGUAGCGAUCCUUUGAUCAUUGCCCGGCUUAACUCGGGCGCUACUCGGUUCGACACGAAUGGGCUGCUAUGGAUCGGCGGGUUACCCGACUCGGAUUCGGCGAGUACUUUGACUCCCGGUUCAAGCAAUGGGGGAUUCCAGGGAUGUUUGAGUUCCAUGGUGGUCAAUGGCUUCAAAGUUGACCUUUACAUGCACUCGCUGACUAAUAACAAAAUCGACCCUUGCACAUGAGCUGACCUCUAAAAAAUACUGAAAAGCUGAAGAAACAUCUCACAAAAAAAACAUUUCACAAGCUGUUCUCAACCAUUUUCGCCUCAACUCACAAGAGAAAUUAUCAUUCGUUGAUCAUGAUUAACAAAAAUGUUUUUACUUUAAUGCGAGCUGAUAUUUGUAUCAUUAAUGCUGAUUUGAUUUUUUAGCUGAACUAAUAAUAGUAGUUUAAGAAAAAAGUAGCCUACGCUCAGAAAAGUUUAGCUAAAAUGCAUUUGUAUUAGCUGAUUCACUUGUGAGCAAUCAAUUAAUUUAAUGUGAUACCUUUUUAUUGUAAUUUUUAAUGAAUAGUAUACGCUAGUUUGAGGGAGACAAAAAGUUUUUUGUUUU